UCCACACAGCGAUGUCUGUCAGACUGUCACAGCCUCUUUGUUUUUCCCCUCUGCAUAAUUCUACCAGUGGUACCAGCGGCCGCCGCCUCCAACGGUGAGCUCACCCGGAACAGUGACGCGCACCUGCGUGUCCUAACCCGCACCUAAUACCGCUUUAAUUCCCCGACUAAUUUACACCCCACACGCUAAGCUCCGUCGCUCGGUCUCUCGGUCUCGGCCGCGAUUUAUUCCCCCGGCGACCCCCCACACAAAGCUUCCCUCCCUCCCCUCCCCCCUAAUCCAGCGCGGCCAUGCCGGGGCUCCACCUUUGCUCCGGAUCGUAAGCCCGAGCUCGGGCUCUCCUCCGUAGCUGCCUCCUUGCCUGGAGUGCUGGGUUCGGUGCGGGGUACGUACGAGGAUCAUGAGCAACUCGUCGUGGACGGCGCCGGGGUCGUCGGCGCUGGAGACGGUGGAGACCAAGAUCAGCCCCAGCAUCCUCUUCAUCGUGGCCGUGCUGGCGAUCGUCUUCUUCGUCUGCGGCCUGCUGCACCUGCUGGCGCGCCACCUGCUGCGGCUGCGCCGCCGGCGCCGGGCGGCCCGCGACGACGCCGAGGGCAGCGUCACCGCGUUCCAGGGCCAGCUGCAGGAGCUCUUCCACCUCCACGACGCCGGCGUCGACCAGGCCUUCAUCGACGCGCUCCCCGUCUUCCUCUACCGCAACGUCGUCGUCGGCGGGGACGGGGAUGGGGGCGGCGGGGGGAAGGACCCGUUCGACUGCGCCGUGUGCCUCUGCGAGUUCGCGCCUGAUGACCAGCUCCGGCUGCUCCCCAAGUGCAGCCACGCGUUCCACCUCGAGUGCAUCGACACCUGGCUGCUCUCCCACUCCACCUGCCCGCUCUGCCGCCGCAGCCUCCUCGCUGCCGGCGACCUCGAGCCCACCUGCAGCCCGGUGCUCAUGGUGCUCGACUCCGCCGACAGCUCCCGCGACCUGGCCGGCUCGGCCAGGCACGCCGUCGGCGAGCCGAGCGGCGGGGCCGUGCGCGUCCCGGGGCUCGACGGCGCGGAGGAGGUCGUCGAGGUGAAGCUGGGCAAGUUCAUGUGCGUGGAGGCCGACGCCGUCGCCGGCACUGGCGCAAGGGACGAAGCGGGCACCAGCAGCAACGCCAAUGCCGACGCCGGGGCAGGGCUCGGGCCGAGGCGGUGCCACUCCAUGGGCUCCUACGAGUACGUCAUGGAGGAGCAGGCGUCGCUCCGCGUGGCCAUCGCCGCCAAGCCGCCGCCCAAGAAGAAGCGGCCGGCGUUCUCCAGGGCGCGCCGCGGCGGCGGCGCCAUGUCGGAGUGCGAGUUCGGCGCGUCCAGGCGCCGCGGGGAGUCCUCCUCGCUCCGCUACCCGGUGAUCCCGGCGACGGCGCGGAAGCAGCAGCCUCCCCCCGGCCUGCCCGCCGCGGCGAAGCUCACCAAGGACAGCUUCUCCGAGUCCAAGAUCUGGAUGGUGCCCCCGGCGUCGUCCCGGAAAGGGGACCCCGACGCGGGCGGGCGGCGCACGGUGUCGUUCCGGUGGCCGAUGCGGAGCGGCAAGGACGGCGAGGAGGAAGGAGGAGGGGGCGAGCGGAAGAGCGGGAGCGAGGCGGACUGGGGCGACGUGGAGACGGGCAGCGGCGGCGGCAACAGCGUGGUGUCGUCGCUCGCGGAGGAGCGGCCGUCGUUCGCGCGGCGGACGCUGCUCUGGGUCGUCGGCGGCCGGCAGCAGUCAAACCGGGUCGGAGACUGCUCGUGACCAGCAUCGCCAUUGUCCAACGAGAAAGAAAAGGAAAACAAAUUCUUUCUUU